AUGUCGAGUGCCGCAACAGCACGCAGAGGGCCCCUGGUCGACCUCCCCCUCGCAUUCUUCCUCCCACCAGUUCACUCGACCAACCUUCCCUCCCCGGUCUCCCUUCCUCUCAAGCGCGGCCCUCCAACACCCAUCCGUGAGGGUUCCGGGUCCCUCCAGACCCCCAAGCGCCGCGUCCACGAGACCAUCCUGGAAGCAGACGACCUUGGAACGGGAAGGAGUCCCGCCCGUCGCCUGUUUACGGAUACCCCUCCAAGCUCAUCCCGCUCCGCCAAGACUUGCCUCACCCUCGCUCCUUCUCCCCCACUCACUGCAACCCGUCGCUCUACGCGCUCCACGACCGCAAGGGCAGUCACAAAGGGCGAGAGGGAGGCGAUCCAUGACAUUGGUUUCGUCAUCUACGCCGACCUCGCGUCUGUGCGCGCCGAGCCGUCCGCUCCGCGCUCGUUUACAAACAACAAUGACCAAGAGAAUGCACCGCCUGUCGUCGAGCCGGUCCGUACGCCCAUGACGACCCGACGCAGCAGGACAAUGGAACGCAGCAAGCUGGGAACGCAGAGCGUCAUCGCCGGCGGCAAGGAGGGCUUGAAGCAAGAGGUGGAUGCUUUGUAG